UUGAAGUGGAGAUGACCUCCUCAAACAAAGACCCAAAUGGACUGGACAACCCUACGUUUGUAAUUGAUGAUGGAGAACAUUACCAGGACUUCACUGAAGUUGGUGCCACGGUUCUGGAUGGUGAAGAAAAACAGAAAGGCCUCAGCAAAGACUGCAGUAGACUCGCUUAUAGUGUUACAGAUAUUCCUCCCUGGUACCUGUGCAUUUUCUUGGGAAUCCAGCACUACCUGACUGCACUUGGAGGUCUUGUCGCAAUCCCUCUCAUCCUUUCCAAAGCACUUUGCCUGGAGCACGAUACUUUGGCCCAGAGUCACCUUAUCAGCACCAUCUUCUUUGUCUCAGGGAUCUGCACCCUCCUUCAAGUCCUAUUUGGCGUCAGGCUCCCUAUCCUACAAGGAGGGACAUUUGCUUUCUUAACCCCAUCACUUGCUAUGCUCAGUCUCCCUGGUUGGAAGUGCCCAGCAUGGAUCCACAAUGCCAGUUUGGUGAAUACUACAUCUCCUGAGUUUGUUCAUGAGUGGCAAACACGAAUGCGAGAGCUGCAAGGAGCAAUCAUGAUUGCUUCCUGCUUUCAAAUUUUCAUUGGCUUUUCUGGCCUCAUUGGAUUUCUGAUGCGGUUCAUUGGCCCUCUGACGAUUGCGCCAACAAUAACCUUGGUGGCGCUCCCUCUCUUUGCCUCAGCAGGGGAUGAUGCAGGACAGCACUGGGGCAUAGCGGCCAUAACCAUUUUCCUCAUAGUUCUAUUCUCUCAAUACUUGAAGAAUGUGCCCGUACCACUGCCUUCUUACCAGAAAAGCAAGAAAUGCCAUUUCUCCAAAAUCUACCUCUUCCAGAUCUUCCCCGUGCUGUUUGCCCUCACAAUUACCUGGCUUCUAUGUUUAGUACUCACUGUCACCGACGUCUUCCCUACGGACUCUAAAGCGUAUGGCUAUUAUGCUCGGACAGACAGCAAAGGUGAUGUUCUAUCCAAGGCACCUUGGUUUCGGUUUCCUUACCCAGGUCAGUGGGGAGUUCCCACAAUCAGCCUAGCUGGGGUAUUUGGCAUCAUAGCAGGAGUGAUCUCCUCCAUGGUGGAGUCGGUGGGAGACUACUAUGCUUGUGCUCGCUUGUGUGGGGCUCCGCCCCCUCCCACUCAUGCAAUCAACCGUGGAAUUGGAGUGGAAGGGAUUGGCUGCCUUCUGGCUGGGGCCUGGGGCACAGGAAAUGGUACCACUUCUUACAGUGAAAACGUCGGGGCUUUAGGCAUCACCCGGGUAGGAAGCAGAAUGGUCAUUGUCGCUGGUGCCUGUGUUAUGCUUUUGACUGGCAUGUUUGGCAAGAUCGGGGCAAUGUUUGCUAGCAUCCCAACACCCAUCAUUGGAGGAAUGUUUCUUGUGAUGUUCGGUAUCAUCACUGCCGUGGGAGUUUCCAAUUUACAGUAUACAGACAUGAACUCUUCAAGAAAUCUAUUCAUCUUUGGAUUUUCUAUAUUUGCGGGUUUGACAGUUCCUCAUUGGGUACAGAACAAUGCAGAAAUACUGGAAACAGGAAUUACACAGCUAGACCAAGUGAUCCAGGUGCUGCUAACUACAGGCAUGUUUGUUGGGGGAUUCCUAGGCUUUCUCUUUGAUAACACCAUCCCAGGGAGCAAGGAAGAACGGGGAAUUGUGGCAUGGAAAGAAGGUUUUAAGGAGGAAUCUGAUGAUACCAUGGAUAUUUCAGACAUCUAUGACCUACCCUUUGGAAUAGGUUCCAAGUUCUGUGCUGCUAACUGGUUUCGUUACCUGCCCAUGUGCCCCAAACGGCCAGCUCAUCCCAGUGCAAGGAAACACAAUAGUUAUGGACAGAACAGCAAUCACAACAUAAGUUCGGAAAGAAACACAGAAAUGAAUGUGGACACAAGGAUAUAAAAGACCACAACCACAGAUAAACUUGGUUUACGAAGCCAAUUAAAAGAACCUUUAUCUUCUUUUCUGCCAAUUUUCAUGUCAUGACUGGUUGAAGCAGUAACUGGUUCAGCAUGAGCUUGUGUGAACAUUUAUUUAUAGCAUGAAUACAGUCCCCACUUUGAGGAACAGCCUAGCAAGAGGAUAGAGAGUUCAGUGGCGCUCAUGAAGAAUGUAUUCUCUACCAUGGAAAGCUGUUGUCUGCAAAAUCUGGUUGAAUAGUAGAGUACUGGAACUGGAAAAGCUAGUCCAAAGGAGUUAAACUACUGCCCUAGGUCUCACCAGAUCCAGCCUCAAUGACUGCCUCAGCCGGACUGCAACAUACUAAUUCUUUAAAAGUCUCGUUUAUUUGCUGUGCCAAGCUUUUGAAUGAAACUGUGGAAUUAAAAAUAAAUCUAUAAUAUGGAAUUGUUAGCUUUAAGCUGCUUUCGGGCUUCAUAAAAGCUAGAAGGCAUAUGUAAAUAGCCAGACAGAACAAAUGUUAUGCAUAUAUGUUCUACAUGAAACAUGUACUGAUGUUUUGACUAUUCUUGCUUGAAUCCUCUUGCAAGAAAGAGUGGCUAAACUAGCCAGGAACUUCUCAGGGCAGAAAAGCUUAGCGUUGUGACCAAACCAGAGCUCCUGCUUUGUUGCUUCUUUACUAACAUAAGAGUUUGAAGUCAGUUUCUGGGUCCAGGCUUGUAACAGGAAUGAGUAGAUGCAAUCCAAAUUUUUUUUUUCUGCCUGAAGUUCCUGGUAAAUUUAGAUGCUUUUUGCAGGAGACAAAUGGGAGUUGCUUUGACCACUACUACAUUUCCUUAUGAAUGGUAAAGCCGGAAGUCUACUCAAUAUUAUAUGUGAACAUGGCCAUUAACUUUGGUAUGCUAAGUCUUGGGCAUUUAGUUUCUUUUUUAAAAUUUUAGAUGGCCAAGUGUGACUCUCAACAACUCCUAUAAUGACUUUUCUAUGCAAUAUGAAUGCCUACUGGAAACUCUGAAGGACAGGGCUAUUGUCUAUCCAAUGUUCUCCUAAGCAAAGAAUAAAAGCCCUUCUUCACUCAGGAUAUACCUCAAAUAUGUAAUCUUUCUGGCAUGCUCAGAGUUCACUUUAGACUUUUCUGUUGACUUUAUCUCAGUCUAUCCCUCUGCAAAUUCUAAAAGUCUUAGGCGACUACAAAAGAGACAUCUGUUUAAAAGUUUUAAAUUUUCUUUUGGCGUUCUUUCUAUACUGGUUUCUUGGCCUUCAUUCACCUGCUAGCCAGCUCAUUAUUUGUUCAGUUGAUAACACAGUUGUGCAUGUGAACACAAAUGUGUGUAGAGGAGGUUUUCACAUAUGGUCCUUCCACAAGUAGGAGCUUAAUUGCUUCUAAAGAAGCAACUUAUUCAGCUAAGACCUAUAUAAUGUGUGUUCUGCAUGACCCUUUUCCUCCCCUACUGGGAGCUAAUGGUUUAUAAGGAAUGGGAGGCAUAUCUUCAUGGAGUUGCAAAGUUUAGAUGAUUAAGUGCUUUAUGAAAUCAGUUUCUUUUGAUCGAUUUCUUAUUCAAAGAGCAAAUUUUAAAGCAA